GAUGACAUCUUGUUCACGGGUUUCAGAGUGGAAAGGCUUCUUCAAAGUUCUUUUAGAGAAUUUAAGGCCCACCGUGGAGUGUACCGAGAGUGGAAGAGCAUUACUACCGGCAAACGUGAAAUAAAUAUAACAAAGAAAGCGUCUAAAUAAAACAAGAUGUUCCCCAGCUCGCGCCUCUUGCGGAGGCAGCUGCAGAAGCCCGCUUCUACCUGCUCCGCCAGAAUAAAAAUACAAAACCGGCCAAACCGAAACCUGCUGUCCCGUAUCAAAUGUAAAAAUGUCUGGGUCUGGAAGAAUGCAAGACUUGCGAUGCAGGUUUUCCAUGACCCAUGAGGUCUGGAAUGCGAGACCCAGGAUGACAGAUUUUUUGAGUUCUCUAUCAUGCCUUUCCUGCAUGAGAAACUCCCUCUCAACUUGGUCAAAAGCGGAUAGCUUUUGGUACUCGCGCAACACAGAUUUUUGCAUCAUUCAGAUUUGGUGAAUCGCCCACCGCUUUUUGUGCGUCAGCUGUGUCGGAAAAAAAAAAAAAAAAAAAAAAAAAGAAAGAGGACGCAACAAAAAAAAAAAAGAAAAAUAAAAAGAAAAGACCAAAGAAAUCAGCGAAAACCGACCGGCGUGCGAAUUGCCUAGCAAAAAAAAAAAAUUUAGCAUGACAAGUUCUAACCUUCCAGACCCAGACAUUUUUACAUUUGAUAUCCCGGCACUUUUCCUCGGUGACCGUGUUGCCCCGGGACUCGAACCAAGCCCUUGGGAUUGGGCAGUAUUAUGCAAGAAAAAAACUGUGUAAGUAUAAAUCUGUGAUGCAGAAAAUGCAAAACAGUUACACUUGUCAUGCUCGACAUGCAUGACCGGCUCGGUUCCUAUGUGUUUUCCCUUCCUAUCUGCGCAUAACAAGUUUUUCCUGUCAUUGCAGACAAACUUGUGAUGCUGUUUUCCCAAAAGACUUACACUAACACAGUUUUUUCCUUGGAUAAGUAUGCAAAGGACUUCAUUACCGGAGCCUCCGACCCAGAUGCCUCGGUCUACGACCGGGUAGAGAUGUUUCACACCGACAGUGUGAUGUGCGGGCUGUCUGCGCUCGCGUUGAGAACCAACGCCCCGAACUGCUUGCGCGACGAAGCGCUCCGGGACUACACGAGUGCGAGCGGCAAGGGCGCGGUUUUGCUCGGCACGGACAGCACGAAAGUAUCGCCCGAGAAGGCCAUCGUGGCCAACGCUUCCGCCGUGCGGGAGUGGGACUCCAACGGCACGGUGUUCGGCUACAAUGCAAACAUCCCUGGGCACCAGGCAGGGGAAUUUGGACACAACGACUUCUAUCCGGUCGUGAUGGCGGCGGGAGAAGUCAGGGGGGCACUGGACGGAAAGACGGCCCUGAAAGCAAUGAUUUGCUUGGAUGAGAUAAGAGGAAGGUAUUGAUGAGAGAGGAGGUUACUCAAUACUUUUUCACGUAUCAGUUGUACCGUAGCUAGCAUGACACUUCGCUUUUUGGGAACUACUACCGCAGCAUAGCGAACAACCGGCAAUGAACCUCCAAUGUUACCGGGUUGACAAACUACAUGAAAGAACCUCCAAUACAGGCUCGCGGAAGUUUUUUCUUUGAAGUCCUACAAGAUCGAUCACGUGGUCCACGGCGCUAUUGUAUCCGAAGAAAAUUUAAAUGAUGUCUGGGUCUCGAAGACUGCAAGCUUUGUCAUGCCUGUCUGUGACAUGACUCUCUCUGAAUGCAUACGCGCGAACAGAUUGAGUUUUGAGUUCCUUUCUUGGCCGUGAUGCAAAAACAAAAUAUACAUAGGUCGCCAGCACGUGGGAUUACUGGUGGAUGAGAACGCAACGCAUAGCCAUAGUAGCCCAAACCCAAAGACUUGAUGUCAUGAUGCUUGGCUGCGUAUUGCAAUGUGCCCUCUCGUCAUUAAUCCAAAAAUUUCAAAUUCGCAGCCUAGCGUUAUAGCUUCCCAGACGCAGACAGAUUUGCACUUGAUAUCUCGCCUCGGCUGCGGUUUAUGGCGCUCUUCUGAACGCCACUGCCGAGCAAAUCGAGUCCGCGAUUGGUAUGGUCUGUGCGCACUACAUCCCCUUUCGUGCGAUCCGGGCCGGGAAACAGCUGUCGGACUCUAAAGGGUAUGCAUUGCAGAAGCAUGAUGAUCCUACUCGAGUACUAAUUGCAUAAUACAGCAUGACAGAUCUCGUUUCUCAUAGCUAAUUCAGCAUUAGAAAUUUUUUCAUUUUUGUUUUUCCUUCUGGAAAAAUUUGUAAUGCUAUAGUAGCACUAGUGCGAUACUAGUACUUUUGCAAUGCAUUAAGGGGCGUCCGCCGCGAUUUCCACCGAGGCGGCGGUGAUGAGCAUGAAACGGGCGAUAUCGUAGGUAAAAAAGUCCCCACGACGACCCCGUAGUCAAGGUGGGAAAUCUGCUAGACAAAUCAGCUAGCUUUGAGUGUUGCGCAUGACAAGUUUCGAUCCUCGUGGUGUAGAAGUCCUCGUUUAGCUAGUUCAGCAGCAUGAUAGACGUAGCAUAUUUAUUAGGCUGAUUGGAGCAUCGUUCACAAAUUCCAAAGCACGACUAGGAAAUGUUUUUCAUAGUGCUCCGCACGAGAAAUCCACUUUGAGCAUGCAGAUUUGCGUGACAGCUAUGGGAUCGUGGGGGGGUUUUUCCAGAGGAUAAGCGAUGAACGGCUUCAUCGGGCCCAAGGAUAUUUUCCGCAACCCCGAUAUGGAAGUGUCAGAAUCGAAAUUGACAAAACCGAAAAACUUGUGAUGCACAAAGUCGAUGUCAGUUGGAGCCUCAGUUUCUAAGUGGUGUAUGACAAAUUUCGGGAGUGCCCAAAUAUGGUCUGUCUUGCUGUUUGGGCCAAGGAGACUCCUCCUGUAGUGUUGCUUUGGCAGCACAUUGUAUACCCCGAAACAGGCUUACAAUCGGUCUCAUUUGCCUGCUCCCCAAUACAGGCCUUCAGUUCCCUACAUUCUAUGCAUCACAAAUUUUUUGAUUUUGUCGAUUUCGAUCCUGAAACAUCCAUACCCGAGGCAAUUUUCCGGUUUUUCGAACCAACGAGCGGCGUCGCUGCGGACAAAAAUCUGAUCGAUAUCACGCUGGCGAACAAGGUCUGUUGCAAUAAUCUGUAUUUGUUCUCGCGAGAAGCACCAGUACUCUUCAUCAUUGUGUCUUCUGCCAUGUAAGUGCUUAGAAACACAAACAUGUCCUCCACCGACCAGGAAUCAUCAAUAAAAAAAAUACAUUUUUUGCAUCAUCGUGACCACAGGCCCGCUGGGGUCCGGGUUCGUCUCCCUUCGACCUUCACUUAUCGCACUCUGGCUCCGACUUCGCCGUGUGUGGCAUGCACUUCAAGCUCGGCCUGUACGAGCACCAGUCGGCGGGCGCGCUCGAGGGGGUCAUCAAGCUGAUGAAGGAAAACCCAGAAUUACUCGCCGGCGGGUUGGAUGGCAUUGAAAAGAUCAACAUUGUCGCCUACGAGCCCGUAUCAACUGCAAAUAUGUCUGGGUCUGGAAGAAUGCAAGGUUUGUGAUGCACGGCUAGCAUGGCUCCCAAGUCUGUCAUGCACGCCACCCAAAACCAAAAGUCACAUUUCUCUGGAAUGCAGAAACGCAGUUUGUCAUGCAGAUAAGCAACUACACUGUAGCAACUCCGAAACUUGUCAUGCUUGGCUGUCAAUGAAAGCGUCCAGAUGAUUCGCCAAACAGCAUCACAAGUUUAUUUCAGACCCAGAUCGAUAUUUGCAAUUCAUAGCCCGCGUUCGGGAUCAUCGGCGACCCAGCAAAGAAGGACCCGAAAACCCGACAAUCUGCGGACCACUAUCCCGGAAAAAACUGUGUAAGUGUAACUGUGUAGGAAAAGCAGCAUCACAAAUUAGCUUUGCAUUUUUACAGGGAAAGUCUGUCAUGCGCAGCUAGUACAACGUGGAAACACGUAUGAAAGUAGCGCAUGAUGCAGAUCCAGCAUGACAAGUGUAACAGUUUUGCACCUUCCGCAUCACAGAUUUAGUACACUCACAUAGUUUUUUUCUCACGAUAACCACUCCAUGGCUUUUAUUGUGUCGCGAAUGUUGAAAAAGGGCAUGGAAAACGCGAGCUCCCUAUCAACUGCAAAUAUGUGUGGCUGUGAAAACUUGUGAUGCUAGUUUGUGACUGGUGACCGCUGCACUUCGAUAUGCAGUCACGCAUGACAACUUUUUGAGCCUCUGUGUGUUUCGCUUUCCGCAUGGCGCACGCCAUACUUUUAGACAGGGAAGAGCCUAUUGGUCACGCAUUACAGAUUCAAGAGUCAUGUGAGACGAGCAUGACAAAGUUGCAUUCUUCCGGACGACCCAGAGAUAUUUGCAAUGCAUACUUCCUGUCCUCUGCUAGUAUGGACGACGUUUGGAUGAAGCUGAUGCUUUCUCCCUACGACUACGGGCACGAAGCACUGUACGACGCAGAGACCCGGGCGCUGAUGCAAAAGAUCCAGUUCAUAUCUACAGGAAAUCUUAUUUUUUCCCGCACCUAGGUAGUACUACACGACGUAGUCGUGCAAAUGGCAGCUGUGCAUGACGAGGCUCUUUCUCAACGUUGUUCAGCAUCACUGUUGUUCCCUGCUUUAUAAUUCCGGUUCUUAUUGCCGAAGAUAGAAUUUCUCAUACUUAUGCAUUUUUUAUUUUUACGUGUAAGUAGUGCGGGAAAUAAUGAUUUGUAUUGCAUUGGUCACGCACGGUGGAGAAGAGUAUGACAGCAAGUACCCGGACGGGAUUAUCACACAGGAAAAAGCAGGCAGGUCAUAUUUGCAAUGCACAAGAUUCCUAUACAGAAAAAUCUGUCGUGCGCGAGCGCAUAGUAUGAGUAUGCUCUUUCGGAUGCGCAACGCGGAUCUACUUUCUGUGUAUGUAAGUACUUUUGCAUUACAGAUUGAUAUAAUGCUCCGGGCCUGCUUUUGUCUGUGGGAUAGGAAUCCCAACCAGCUUAGACGUGAUGACAAAGAGCGGGAAGGUAAAGGUUUUGAGUGCUCGAUACAACUUAGUACUGCUUCAGCAUCUUCCAGUUUAUUUCUCAUGUGAAUUUUUUGUGCAUGACAGAGCAGGUUUGUCAUGCGAAAAACGAAUGUAAAACAAAUUUUUCUCAAUCUAUCAAAACAGACCUACAACAGUGGUUUUAUCAUGUACCCUUCCGGGCACGCACGAAAUACCACCGCCGAUUUGAAGCAGAUCAUGAGCUACAAAAACUCGAAGAUGCUGGGUGAUCUGGUUUUCGCAGACGCGUCGGUGAAGGACCAGUACCUGGAAAAAAUGAUAAAUAUGAAGGACGCGAAGGAUGUUUGCGGCUACUACGCAUUUACUGGCCAGAUGAAAGAACACCCCUGCAUUGAUGGAUAGAGCCAGUUGUUGUUUCUUUCACGACGGCGGGACGAGGUGGUGCUUCAGGUUCAUCUCGGGAUAAGUAUGAUGACAAAGAGGCACACUGUUGUUGACUCUGUGUAACCAUAGCGGUAGUUCCGACUACUUUCGGGAGAACUGCCCCCCGAAAAGACCGAAAGAUGAAAACCACCUAGAUUUUUUGAAAUCCUACACCUAGUUGUACUCCUACAGUCCUCGUGCGCCACACCACCAGGAGGCUCUUCUGGUACGUACGAAGAACAGUGGUCUGAUUUUGCCAGUAGAACUACAGCUGAUCUAAAGAAGAAACGCUUUGUCUAUUCGUGUACAACACUUCUGUGCUUCGUCCGUUUCGAGAGAUAUCCAUCUAAAAGAAAU